UCCAUUUUUGUCACCUGCUUUCAUUUAAAGGGGUUUUGUGUUAUUUCAGUACCAACUCUCGCCUCUGGGGUGGAUUGUUGGCACUCAAAUGAGGCAGUGAAAUUCUGUACCAUAAACCUUACUCGGCUGCACUGAAACGAGGGUCGUCUGCUGGAGAAAUGGCGACAACAGUGAAACUAAACACCGGUGCUGAAAUGCCAAUAGUCGGCCUGGGGACAUGGAAGUCUGCCCCUGGUCAGGUGACAGAAGCUGUAAAAGCUGCGAUCGCUGCAGGUUACAGACACAUUGAUGGAGCGUAUAUUUACCAGAAUGAAGCUGAGGUGGGAGAAGGUGUUAAUGCCAUGAUCCGGGAGGGCGUGGUGAAGAGAGAAGAUCUUUUUAUCGUCAGCAAGCUGUGGUGUACUUAUCAUAAGAAGUCCUUGGUGAGGGGAGCUUGUGAGAAGACCCUCAGUGAUCUGAAACUGGACUACCUGGACCUGUAUCUAGUGCAUUGGCCCUUAGGUCUGAAGCCCGGCAGCGAUGACUUCCCUUUGGACGAUGAAGAAAAAGUCAUUGGUGAUGACUCUGACCUCACUGAGACUUGGGAGGGAAUGGAGGAACUAGUUGAUGCUGGUUUGGUCAAAGCUAUCGGCAUCUCCAACUUCAACCGUGAGCAGAUUGAAGCUGUUCUCAACAAGCCUGGGCUUAAAUACAAACCUGCAAACAACCAGGUGGAGUGCCACCCGUACCUGACCCAGGAGAAGCUGAUCAACUACUGCCACUCAAAGGGCAUCUCAGUGACAGCCUACAGCCCCCUGGGCUCUCCUGACAGAGCCUGGGCUUCACCAGAUGACCCACCUCUUCUGGGGAGUCCCAGCAUUAAGGCCAUCGCCGAAAAGCACAAUAAGACACCGGCUCAGGUGCUAAUCCGCUUUCAUGUCCAGAGGAACGUGAUCGCAAUCCCCAAGUCUGUCACCCCUCAGCGCAUUCAGGAGAAUUUCCAAGUGUUUGACUUUGAACUCACCGAGGAUGAAAUGAAAACUAUUUCAGGAUUUAACAGGAACUGGAGAGCCUGCCCACUACUGGAGGGCAUAAAGCACAAGGACUACCCAUUCCACGCUGAAUACUGAGAGGAGGAAACACUGAUCUCCCACAGUAAGGAACGAGACCUGUUACUUUCCUUGUUCUUUCGAAGGGCGGUUCACACUGCACCACUUCUAAAAGUCUUGAGCACUCCCUGUACUUUUGUCAUAAGCAACACUGAAAUAUAGCAGCGGAGGCGUAGGCUGCUCUGCUAAAUAUAGAUUACAAAGAAAGUAAUUUGAAUAUUAGCAAGGUGUUUCAACCAAAGCCACGCUGCUAACAAGUGGCACUGACUUCAAGUUAGGCAAGUAGGCAAAUGUGUAGUGUGUUCAAAUGUUGUUGUGGCAAAGAAAAAAAUAAAACAAGGUGGCAUUA